AUGGCUAAAAGAACUAAGAAGGUUGGUAUUACCGGUAAGUACGGUGUUCGUUACGGUUCUUCUUUAAGAAGACAAGUUAAGAAAUUAGAAGUUCAACAACACGCUAGAUACGACUGUUCCUUCUGUGGUAAGAAAUCCGUUAAGAGAGGUGCUGCUGGUAUCUGGACUUGUGGUGCUUGUAAGAAGACUGUCGCUGGUGGUGCUUACACUGUUUCCACUGCUGCUGCCGCUACCGUUAGAUCUACUAUCAGAAGAUUAAGAGAUAUGGUUGAAGCUUAA